AAAUUCAGAAAUGCAGACAGGAGAGCUGAGAGCCGGACCAGUAGUUGGGUCGGUGACGACCAGCGAAUCCCCGGUGUUGUACGUUCUUUCUUUUUCCUUUUUGGGACAGGUCAUUGCAAUUUUGGAGGCCCUUGGUGCUAUAAUUUGCUUGUUUCGCUCCCAGGUCUGAACUUUCAGAAACACAGGCCACUGUUAUCAAAUGCAACUGCAAUCCAAAAUGAAGAAAUAUAGAAAUGUCGAGCACCUCGACGUCACUGUCUAAAUCCAAACUGACGGGCCGCCUGCCUGCGAAGCAUUUCUGCUCGGGCCCCAACUGCUUCCCGCAAGAGCAGGAUUCCACUGCAGCAGUGAAGAUGGAAGGACGCCGAACGGCUUGGAUGUUUGCUGCUGCGGAUGCUGCUGCAUCACGGCCCGUAGCUCGACGUCCACAUCGAAACCUGCAUGAGCGAGACAGUCAGCACGCAAAGCUACGAGGCAGUGGUUCUGUAAAAGAGAGAAGAG